ACCCUCCCCUCACCCUCCCCUCACCCUCCCCUCACCUCAGGUGGGUUCAGCUCAGCGUGUCCUGGGCCGCCGCUCCCUCCUGCUCCCUGUUCGUAACACAAGGAACGAGGAGGAGAGGCUCCCGCUGCUGGGGAGCGUACCCGUCACCUCCUGCGUCGGGCUGCCCCGGUGCGGAGAGGAUGAAGGGCAGUGAGCAGGUCUUUAGAGGAUUCCAGAUGUGUCCCCUAAUGGAGAGAACAUAUUGCCUCUGCUGGAGGGUGACAGAAGAUACCUGGAUCAGCUAUAAGGAGGACUUGCAGAGAGAUGCAAGUGCACUCUCCAUGCUAUGCCGGCUGAGGGUGAAAGCAUGGCGAGCAAAUCGCUGUGUGUUGCUGAUGCAUCGGCCUCUCAGAACCUUCGCAAAGUGCCUGAAACCACACAGCCCUCGUUUUCCAUUGAAAGCAUUUUGGGACUGGAGCAGAAAAAAGAUGGCAUUCCAUCUGUGAAGCCUCACAGACCAUGGAUGGAUGCAUGCACAACCUUAGUUUUAGAUGAUGACAGUGAUCCCCACCUUCAAAUUCCUGCUGUUUGCUAUGAAAAUCCGUUGUUUUGUGCUAACAGUAAUACAGUGCAAGAAGACAAAGUUUUGAAGUGUGAAAAAUACUUUUCAGUCACUGAUAGGCUAUCUUUCAAACGGGAACUGAGCUGGUACAGGGGUAGAAGACCAAGAACUGCAUUCACUAGAAACCAGAUUGACGUCUUGGAAAAUGUUUUUAAAAUGAACUCCUAUCCUGGCAUUGACAUUAGAGAAGAGCUAGCUCACAAAUUAGAUUUAGAUGAAGACAGGAUCCAGAUCUGGUUCCAGAACCGUCGUGCAAAGCUGAAAAGAUCACACAGAGAAUCUCAGUUUCUGAUGGUGAAAAAUACUUUCACUUCCAGCCUGCUAGAGUAGAAAGAAGGAUGGUUUGUUGUUGUGGUACUACAGUAGAACAUGAAGAAUUAUUGGAGUUUUUGUAACUAAGUAAUGAUGAUAUCUUAAUAAUGAUUUUAUCCCCAGAUUUGAAAGCUUUAUCAUAAUUUU